AUGGCGAAAGGACAACCUCCACAGAGAGAGCAGGCAUGGACACCACGGCAGAACAGAAUGGAUUCAAACACAAAAAUGAAAAUCACAAGGUGUGGAAAAAUUACCCUGGGUAUCUUAACGAUGGUCAUCGCCAUACUAGUCAUCGGACUCAUUGUUUGUUUUGUCACUUAUGGAAAGACAUAUUUCUACCAUCAUAUCAGCUUUAAAGUCAAUAAUAUUGACUAUGACAGCAAGUUUGCAAAACCAUAUUCACAAGAAUAUAUGGACUUAAAUAAUAAGAUAGUAUCUUUGAUAAAUGAAACAUUUCAUGGAUCCAGACUGAGAAGACAGUAUGUCACAUCCCAUGUGGUCCAAGUAAGUCGAGCCAAAGGAAAGGUGAUAAUACACAUCGUGCUUAAGUUUAAAUCUUAUUAUACAAAUACUUCUGCAAAAUUUCGAGAUAAGAUUGAAACCAUUUUACGUCAGAAGCUAAAGGGAAAAACUGGGUCAUUAUGUAUAGAUUCUUCUUCAUUUAGAUUUUCAGAUAUUGCAAUGCCAAUAGCAGAAAAUUUUCUCCAUACAUGUUGUGGACAUCGCAAAAUUACUCACUCUGGCAACAAGAUAGCCGGGGGCAUGGAUGCUGAGGAAGGAGAAUGGCCCUGGCAAGCUAGUCUUCAACUGAAAAGUAUCCACCGAUGUGGAGCCACUCUGAUUAGUAACAGCUGGCUUGUCACUGCUGCUCACUGUUUCAUAAAGGCCAGGGAUCCCAAACAAUGGAAUGUUAGUUUUGGGCUCCUUUUAAGUGAUCCACAAAUACAGCGAAGUGUCAAGGAUAUUAUAAUUCAUGAAAACUACCACUACCCCUCACACGACAAUGACAUCGCUGUAGUGCGUCUGUCUUCACCAGUACUGUAUACAAGCAAUAUCCGAAGAGCAUGUCUUCCAGAAACUUCUUAUGCAUUCCCAUCCAAUUCUGAUGUGGUGGUCACUGGAUGGGGAACAUUAAAGUCUGAUGGAACAAGUCCUAAUAUACUCCAAAAGGGAUUAGUGAAGAUUAUAGAUAACAAGACCUGCAACAGGAAAGUGGUAUAUGACGGUGCAAUCACACCUGGGAUGUUGUGCGCUGGGUUUCUAGAAGGAAGUGUCGAUGCCUGCCAGGGUGACUCUGGUGGACCUCUGGUUGGUGCAGAUUAUAAAGGCACUUGGUUCCUUGCUGGUAUUGUAAGCUGGGGAGAUGAGUGUGCCCUUCCAAACAAGCCUGGAGUCUACACUCGAGUGACACACUAUAGAGAUUGGAUCAUGUCCAAAACUGGUCUCUAG